CCAACAACAGUAUCAUCCCCCGCCAUGGCCUCCCACCCCAAACCCCUCACUACGCCCCCACCAACCUCCCACGUCCUCCUCUCCUACCCCGCACCCUACGUCCUCCUCGUCACCAUAAACCGCGAGCGCCAAAUGAACAGCAUACCGUUUGCGGGCCACAUCGAGAUGGGCGAGGUGUUCGACUGGUUUGACCGCGAGCCCAAUCUACGCGUUGCUAUCAUCACGGGGGCGGGGAAGAAGGCGUUCUGCGCGGGACAGGAUCUGAUUGAGCUAGGAAAGAUUAGGAGUGGGCAAGUGAAAAAGGAUGUCGCGAGUCAGAGACACCCGUUAAGUGGGUUUGGCGGUGUUAGUAGGAGGGGUGGGAAGAAGCCGAUUAUUGCUGCGGUGAAUGGAUUUGCGCUCGGUGGGGGGUUUGAGAUUGUACUGGGUUGCGACAUGGUCGUAGCCUCUCCAACCGCGAGCUUUGGCCUCCCCGAAGCCCUCCGCGGCAUCUUCGCCGGCGCCGGCGGUCCACCCCGCCUCGUCCGCAACGUCGGCAUUCCCAUUGCCUCAGAAAUGGCACUCACAGGCAAACCCAUCACCGCGCAGCGAGCCAAAGAGCUCAACCUCGUGAACCGGAUAUCGCCAUCGCAGGACACCGUUGUAGACGAGGCUCUCAAACUUGCAAACGAGAUUGCGGCUAUAAGUCCUGAUGCAGCGAUUGUGACGAGGGCGGCGCUGAAGGAGGCGUGGGAGACGGGCAGUGUCGAGCGCGCGACGCAGUUGACGAUUGAGAGGUACAGCGAGGCAUUGAAUGCAGGGGGGAACGCGAUGGAGGGGUUGAAGGCUUUUGCGGAGAAGAGAAAGCCGGAUUGGAAGCCUUCGAAGCUGUAGAUAUAUCUUAUAAAUCU